AUGUCAGUUACAAUCAGACCAAUUGAAGAGAAGGAUAAGCCGGAGUGGUUGCACUUGUGGACGGGAAAAGGCGGGUAUAUUGAGUUUUACAAUUCGCUCGACAAAAUCACACCUGAAAUUUCAGAUACAACUUUUGCCAGAUUUUUGGACGCCAACGAGCCCGUAUACUCUGUUGUUGCUGUUGACGAUUCGGGUAAGAUCAUUGGGUUUGCCAAUUACUUGACACACAGAAAUACAUGGACUGUUGAAGAUGCACUUUAUCUCAAUGAUUUGUUUGUUAGUUCCGAGAGCAGAUUGCAUGGUGUUGGAAGAAAGUUGAUUGAGUAUAUCUAUGGCGAAGCCGAUAGAUUAAAGUGUAAGAAAUGUUACUGGAGCACCCAAUUUGAAAACCACCGUGCCCAGUUGUUGUACACCAAAGUAGGUGUUAAGAGUGGGUUUUUAUUAUAUAGAAGACCCUGA